CCUCCCUCUCUCUCUCUCUCUCUCUGCGGAUCCAGCGGACAUCUGGAGCUGCCCUGCCCCGGGAAUCAAACCUGCGAGCACCAGGAGACACACGUCCCGCAACCCCGAGACAGCCCGGGUUUCGAACGUCCUCCUCCCGCUGAACACUCGCCCGGGCUCCGGUGUUGUUGUCGCGGCUCUGUUGCGGCCGUUUCUCCUCCGGGAGGCUGCAGCGCUCCGGGGACACCGCGUCUGCCGGUAGAAACACGGAAAUACGACUAAAUCCCCUGGAGGAGGGGUGAUGGACUGAAGUGAUCCGAUAUCCGAGAGGACUGUAGGCCCCGAUGGAAGCUGCGACACAUCUGCACCCGGUCCGCCCGCGUCCCGGUUGCUGCCUCGGUCCGGACUGAAGAGUCGAGUUUGUCCCCCCCCCGAGGAUUUCAGAUUGAUUGUCUUUGUAGUUUUCCAGGUCAGAUCUCUGAUAAACGGUCCCGUUUGAGAGUUUGAGGGAUCCUCCUCCUGCUGCUGGUCUGGAUUAAAGCCCAUCAGGAUCAUGAACCACCCCCCCUCUGCUCCACUAAUCUGGGUUUUACCGAGCUGGAUUUAAAUCUGAGGUCUGACCUGGUUUACUCCGCUCGCGGAUCCGAUCGGGUCACGCCUGGCCCGGUCUGAAGCCGGCCUCGGUCCUGGUUCUGACCUCGCACCCGGUCCCCUCAGUCCUGGUGUCGGGGGGGAGUGCUGCUGCUGCCAUGCCGACGUCCCGGCCUGGUUCGGCGCCGGUGGAGUUCUGGGUGGACGGGUCGAGGCGGGACGGGGCGGUGGAGGAGUUCUACACCCUGGGCUCCGAGCUGGGCAGAGGAGCGACGUCCAUCGUGUAUCGCUGUGAGGAGAAGCAGACUCAGAAACCCUACGCUCUCAAAGUCCUCAAGAAAACGAUUGACAAGAAAAUAGUUCGCACAGAAAUCGGCGUGCUGUUGCGUCUUUCCCACCCAAACAUUAUCCAGCUGAAGGAGAUCUUUGAGACGGACACGGACAUCGCUCUGGUGCUGGAGCUGGUCACAGGAGGAGAGCUGUUUGACAGGAUCGUGGAGCGAGGUUACUACAGCGAGAGAGACGCCGCUCACGUCAUCAAACAGAUCCUGGAGGCGGUGGCGUAUCUUUACGAGAACGGAGUCGUGCAUCGAGACCUCAAACCGGAGAACCUCCUGUACGCCGACUUGUCUCUGGACGCUCCGCUUAAGAUCGCCGACUUCGGUCUUUCCAAAAUCAUCGAUGACCAGGUGACCAUGAAGACCGUCUGUGGCACCCCUGGGUACUGUGCUCCAGAGAUCCUGCGGGGAAAUGCUUACGGCCCUGAGGUGGACAUGUGGUCGGUGGGCGUCAUCCUCUACAUCCUACUCUGUGGGUUCGAGCCCUUCUUCGACCCGAGGGGGGAUCAGUACAUGUACAGUCGAAUCCUCAACUGCGACUACGAGUUUGUGUCUCCGUGGUGGGACGACGUCUCCCUCAAUGCCAAGGAUCUGGUCAGUAAGCUGAUCGUCCUCGACCCUCCCAAGCGCCUCAGCGUCCGGGAGGCCUUGCAGCACCCCUGGGUGCUGGGCAAAGCAGCCCGCUUCUCUCACAUGGACACGGCCCAGAGGAAGCUGCAGGAGUUCAACGCUCGCCGCAAGCUGAAGGCCGCCAUGAAGGCCGUCGUGGCCACCAGUCGGAUGCACGAGAGUUCUCGGCGUCGCACCGACAGCUGUGAGAUUCCAGGCUCGGGGACUUCGAGGCAGAGUAGCAUGCAGCAGGACCCGGCUCCGGAGUCAACAAGCCCCGCCCCUGAGGAUAAGGAAGCGCCACCCCCGGAUCCACAGUCGCCGCACAAAGACGAAUCGAAGUCCGCCGAUCAAAGUGUCCUCGGCCCCUCCCCUCCCCCGAGCCCCAAACUACUCAGCUCUGAUGUCAAGACCGCGGGCUCCGCCCCCACCAGACCGCCACUGCGAGCCGAAGGGCAACGACAUGCAUCCGUCAUCCCCAAAACCAAGCUGGUCAAGCCACGGCCGCCGCAGAAGAGCUGCUCCAUGAUAGAGCCCGCCUCCAGGGUCGAGGCCCCACCCACGCUGACCACGCUGACCACGCCUCCGAGUCCCAACAGCCUCACCAACGGCUUCACGCCGGGGGCGGAGUCCGCCAGUAAGACUGCCAACUGCCAGUAAUCGGCUGACAGAGAAAAAACAGAGACAUUUUGGUUUCUCACAACCACCAGAAUGUUCCGCCUUCCAUCUUUACAAACAUCUAAAGUCGUUUAAUGGGACCAAAUUAAAGUAUCUGCAUCGUCUAACAUUUAACUUCCAUUUCUGUAGCUUUGCUGCUACGCUAACAUGCUAACGGCUACUUACACACGGAGGGUUUGUCAGGUAUUUUUGGAUUCAGGAUAUGAAGAAAGAACAAAGCACUUGUUCCACAUCGGGACUUGCUGAUGGUGGUUGCCGUGGUGAUAGAAACAACCAGAGCUCGAAGAAAAUUCCCUUCUUAGGUCCUUAUAUGGGCAUAAAGGAAUGCGUCAACAUCAACACACUCGUUGCAUUCGCAAGCAAAACCUUUUCUCCGUCUUUGAUGUUUUUGUACAUUAUUUGGAUCAUAAUCAGUAAUUCUUUAAACGCUUAUAAACCUCCUAAUCAUAUGAAAUAUAUAUAUAUAUAUUAAAACAUCACAGUGUGAUUUUAUCCACGUUUGACUCCUCUUUACAUUAAACCUCAAAGGAGUCUCCUGCUGUUUGGUUUGCGUUUCUUAUCACAGUAACCACGGUAACUCAGUAACGGUUGGUGACCAAAGUGAUGGGCUGCAUCGAUCGGGGUCUGAAUGGGUGUCGUGUGUGAUGGCGUUAAAGGAUCAUUGCGGUCUGAAGGCCCUUCCUCGUCCGGUUGGAACUUUCUAAAAUUAUUUUGUUGAACGAGCUCCCCGGACGGAACGAACGGACGUCAGUCCGGAUCCAUCGGAACUACGGUUGGGCUUGUUUUUUUCAGGUGUGAAAGCGGAGCGACGAGGUACCGGGCCUCCUCAGUACCUCGGAUUCUGUCCCAGACGUGAGAUUCUGACUUCCAACAUUGUUGCCGUUUUUUUUCUUUUUUUCGGCUCCAACCAUUGAAGAUUUUCAAAGUUCUGAUUUGGGACAAACGGAGACUCCAGAUCAUUUUUCUACUUCGUCUUCUCCUCUUCUCCAUUUUUUCUUUUAUGGUCUUCACCUUCUUCAUCUUCUUCUUUUCACCUUUUUUUAUUAUUACAUUUCUUAUUCCUCUGCUGCUUCUGUUCCUUCUUUUCCAUCCUGACUAUAUUCUAUAUUUUGUUUAUUUAGAUUUUCCCUCUUUUGUUACCAAAGGAGACGUUUCCUCAGGCGCUCAGGACGGAGCCGACUGAUUGUAUUUCAUUAAACUUUAUUAAACACCGAGUGUGAAGGACAUGGAGGGAGAGAGCAGCAUCUUCUGUUUUUUUUUUUUUUUUUCUUCUGCGUUGCUUCUUUUGAUGUCUUCAGACAAACUGAGAAACGCGAAGCUCCUGUUUCCGUUUGGAGAGUCUCUUUUUCCGUCCUUUGUCCUCUUUUGUCCUGCGGCUGAGUAGAUGGAUCUACUGUGUUCAGUGUCGUGUUCGUCAGCUUCUAGUGAAACAGUGUCGUCGUUUACACCUUUAUCGGCAGUGAUGAUGAAGGUCUCCUGUUUUCACUGUACAUAUUUUGGUCAAAGAAAACUUCUGACAUCUUCACCACAGAGACGCAGUCGGCGUUCAGACACCCCCGAAAAAAAUAAUGAUAAUAAUCUGUCCUGUGACCUGGUCUGAAAACCACACGUUCUACCUCUCUUCCUACAGGGGCUUCCAAAAUGAUUUCUAAAAAGAAUGCGGACGCCCAAAUCUCCAUCUACGGUGGCCCAGACAGACCAAACGGAGGCCAAAGCUUUACAGGAGAGUCACAAACUUCUGGGCCUGUCAUUCAAGAGAAAGAACCCGGUCCUUCCUGACUAGAAAUACUCAAAGGGACAUCUUUUGUAUUACUAUUUAUCUUUGCGUAUUAAUCGUACACAUUGUCUAGAGGUCGGGUUUUGUGCUUUUUCUAAGUUAACACCAUUUCAAAUUUUUUACUGAAAGUGAGGUUUGUUCCAACGAUACGGUGGAAUCGGAGAUCAACGCAGGUGAUGGUUUUGCAUUUCUGAAAGAGCCUUUGCUUUUUGUUCUGUCUCAGCCACCGAAGGAAAUCCUGGAUCGUGAAGACAAACUCUUUAAAGAGGAACCAAACCUGCAGAACGCCUGAAACACCGGGUGAAAUGCUAAGAGCUGGAGGUGGAAGAAGAAGGACACGGUCCUCUCUAACUCCGCCCACUUUUAGCGCUCCAAUCAAAUGCGGGCGGUUUCAUUUGAGUCCCUCUGCAUCUGCAGAAGAUUGGUGUCAGGUGAUGACACAGGUGCACUGCUCAGUACAGAUCUUCACCACUAGGUGUCAGGCUUCACGUGGUCCUGCCGGUCCAUGCGAUGCCGGUUUAGAGAGACAUGGUGGUCUGUAAGGCUCAGUGGGCAAUAGAUGAGAACAUCUAAUAUGUUUAUAUAAUAUGUUUUUAGUUAUAUCUGCGUUUCCCUCUGGACGCACUGAACCGCCCCAAAGCCCCUCCAGCCUUCUCUCGCGAGGCCGGACAAAAAGCUCUGUGAUUGGUCGAGUCCGACGCCAGUCACAGUAGGCGUCUCUCGAACUGAGCAUUAGCGUAGUUGAAGAUCUCGCCUUACGGUUUGGUUCCUCUUUAAACAGUGUAGAAAAAACAAAACGCCGGAUAAAGCUGGACGCAGCGCUCACCUGUCCUCGGCUGUUUACCUGUCCACGGCGUCUAGGUGUGCUCGGGGGUUUACCUGUCCACGGCGUCUAGGUGUCCUCAGGUGUUUACUUGUCCACAGUUUAAAACGUCUUGCCAAAUGCAGAUUACUGGAUAUUUAGCUGUCAUGGUAGAAAGCAUGUACUCAUUUACAUCUAUACUCUUAUUCUGUAAAAACAUGAAUAUUUUGCUUCUAUUUAUCUUGACUUCUGUGUGACAGCAGGAAGGGGGGGGGGGGGGGGGGGGGCUAAACUGUAAAUUACGUUGGUUUUGUGUUUGCUGAGUGAACUCGUACCUUUUUUAUUUUGAAGGAUGACAUAUAAACAUGUGUAUCUCUGCAUGUAUUAUUUAAUGCCUAUUGAUCAUAUCAGAUUAAAGACGGACUCUUGGUAACAGCA